UGGUACAUAUAGAUCUGCAGCGUGGGGCUGGCGUUGGCGCUGCUUGGGCAUUAGUAUUAAGUCGGUCGAGGUACGUCCAGCACGUCGCACAGUUUCCGGUAGAUACAUAUUACAUAUAUAGAGUCAACUAGUCUCAGUAUGGCUGAACAAAAGAAGGCACCGCUCUUGAAAAAGGAGGAGGAUUACGUCAAGGCUCUGGAUGGUUUCAUCGCCGCCGAUAAGGAUCAGGUUGUCCUGUUGCUGGACUACGAUGGCACACUGGCUCCUCUGACCGAGGAACUAUCUGUCAUGCCCAAGGACACUGAGAUCAACAUUAAGAAAUUGGCUGCCAACGAGAAGAUCUUCAUGGUUGUGUUCUCUGGACGCGAACUGAGCGAGAUCAAGAAUCAUCUCAAAUUCCCCAAUGUAACCUAUGCUGGCAAUCACGGUCUGGAAGUUGAAUAUCCAUCCGGCAAGAAGUUCAAGAUCGAAAUGCCCGAGGAGCUGCUCGAGAAGCACAACAAACUGGUCGCUGAACUGAAGGAGAAGGUUGUUUGCUCUGGCGCCUGGGUGGAGGACAAGAAGAUCUCGGUGACCUAUCACUAUAAGGGUGUCACCGAUAAGUUGAAGGCCAAACUGAUUGCCGAGGCCAAGGGUCUGAUUCAGUCCCAUGGCUUCCAGCUGAUCGAGACGCCAUAUGCCCUGGAGGGCAAGCCACGCGUCAACUGGGACAAAGGAGAGGGCGCCAAGAUGAUUCUGGAGAAGCACUUCGAUGCCGACUGGGCCAAGAACUUGAAGAUCAUCUAUGUGGGUGAUGAUACCACCGAUGAGGAUGCCAUUAAGGUGCUACAUGGCAUUGGCAAGACGUUCCGUGUGUCGGAGCUGCCAACGCUGAAGACCUAUGCCAACUAUCAGAUCAAGACAGUUGAGGAGGUUGGCUGGCUGCUGAAAGCCGUUCAGGCCAACUACGAGAAGAAGAAGGCAUAAGCGUUGCGGCUAGCUCUAGCUUUAGCUAAUUCCACACACACUCACUCUCUCACAUACACCUAUAUAAUCAUUAUUAGUUGCUGUCUUAUAAAAAUACAAUAUUUAUUUCUCAUUUUUAUGUAUGUUUGUAUGCAUGUAAUUCUUGCAGAUGCCGUUAAAAAACAACAAUGUUUUACAGACUUUUCAAACUGUUCACUACUAUUCGCAAUAAAAAUUUCACUUAAUUUAAUAA